CCGGAACGCGGAGGGCGCGGGGUCGGCGAGCGCCAGCGGCUACCCCUGCGCCCCGGGGGGAGCCAUGAGGAAGGACGAGCGCGAGCGGGACGCGCCAGCCAUGAGGUCCCCGUUGCCGCCGCCGCCGCCGCCGCCGCCGCCGGCCGCCUCGCCCCCCGAGAGCCUGCGCAACGGCUACGUGAAGAGCUGCGUGAGCCCGCUGCGGCAGGACCCUCCGCGCGGCUUCUUCUUCCACCUCUGGCGCUUCUGCAACGUGGAGCCGCCGGCGGCCUCGCUCGGCGCCGGGGCACGCCUCUCGCUCGGCGCCCUGGCCGCCUUUGUCCUGGCCGCGCUGCUGGGCGCGGGGCCCGAGCGCUGGGCGGCCGCGGCGAGCGGGCUGCGGACGCUGCUGAGCGCCUGCUCGCUCAGCCUCAGCCCGCUCUUCAGCAUCGCCUGUGCCUUCUUCUUCCUCACCUGCUUCCUGACGCGCGCGCAGCGGGGCCCGGGCCGAGGCGCCGCCGGCUCCUGGUGGCUGCUGGCGCUGCCCGCCUGCUGCUACCUGGGCGACUUCGCGGCGUGGCAGUGGUGGUCGUGGCUGCGCGGGGAGCCGGCGGCGGCGGCGGGGGCGGCGGCGGGCCGGCUGUGCCUGGUGCUGAGCUGCGUGGGGCUGCUGACGCUCGCACCCCGCGUGAGGCUGCGCCACGGCGUCCUGGUGCUGCUCUUCGCCGGCCUGGUGUGGUGGGUGUCGUUCUCCGGCCUCGGGGCGCUGCCGCCCGCGCUCAGGCCUCUGCUGUCGUGCUUGGUCGGGGGCGCGGGCUGCCUGCUGGCCCUGGGCUUGGACCACUUCUUUCACGUCCGGGGAGCCUGUCCCCCGCUGCGCUCGGCGACGGCCGCGGAAGAAAAAGUGCCCGUGAUCAGACCCCGGAGGAGGUCCAGCUGCGUGUCCCUGGGAGAAAGCGCCGCCGGUUACUAUGGCAGUGGCAAGAUGUUCAGGAGACCGUCGUUGCCUUGCAUUUCCCGAGAGCAGAUGAUCCUCUGGGACUGGGACCUGAAGCAGUGGUGCAAACCUCAUUACCAGAAUUCUGGAAGUGGAAAUGGAAUUGAUCUUUCAGUGCUAAAUGAAGCUCGCAAUAUGGUGUCAGAUCUUCUGAUUGACCCAAGCCUUCCCCCACAAGUCAUUUCUUCUCUGCGGAGUAUCAGUAGCUUGAUGGGUGCUUUCUCAGGUUCCUGUAGGCCAAAGAUUAAUCCUCUCACACCAUUUCCUGGAUUUUAUCCCUGCUCUGAAGUAGAAGAUCCAGUAGAGAAAGGAGAUCGAAAACUUCACAAGGGACUGAGUAGUAGAACCAGUUUCUCAGCUACACAGUUGAGGAGGAGCUCAGGAACCUCAGCAUUGCUGGCUGGUGAGCACUAUUCCAGGUGGGACCGCAGCAGUAGCAGAAGACCUCACCAAGAGCUAGGCGUUCCAAGUCAUGGAAUGCCCCUAAAUGGGCCUUUCAGUUCGAAUCUCCUGACAGUUCCAAAGCAGAGAUCAUCAUCUGUUUCACUGACUCACCAUGUAGGUCUGAGAAGAGCUGGUGCUUUGCCUAGCCUGAGUCUUGUGAAUUCUUCAAGCCAUGUACCAGUGUCUGCUGGCUCUCUAACUAAUCGAUCACCCAUAGAAUUUCCUGAUACUGCUGAUUUUCUUACUAAGCCAAGUAUUAUUUUACAUAGAUCACUGAGCAGUGUACCCAAUGCAGCAGAUUUCUAUCAGUACCUGAGAAACCCUGAUAGCAAUCUGUGUAGCAGCUGUGGACAUCAAAUACUCAAAUGUGUUUCAACAUGUGAACCCGACGGUACAGAUCACCACAGUGGAAAAUCAGGUGAAGAAGACAACAUUGUUUUCUCAAAAGAACCAUUUGACAUUGUGGAAACUCAGGAAGAAGAUACCGUGCAGAAAGACUACAGGAAAUUGUCUUUGGAAGGUGAUAAUCUCCUAAUGGAAGAGGCACAGCAACAAAAUAUUGACCAGGAAGUGUUGCUGGACCCGACGUUAGUAGAAGACUAUGACUUGUUAAUAGAAAAGAUGAGCAACUGGAAUUUUCAGAUUUUUGAGCUUGUAGAGAAGAUGGGAGAAAAAUCAGGAAGGAUUCUCAGUCAGGUUAUGUAUACUUUAUUUCAAGACACUGGUUUAUUGGAAACAUUUAAAAUUCCCACUCAAGAAUUUAUGAACUAUUUCCGUGCAUUAGAAAAUGGCUACCGAGAUAUUCCUUAUCACAAUCGUAUACACGCCACAGAUGUCUUACAUGCUGUUUGGUACCUGACAACACGACCAAUUCCUGGCUUACAGCAGAGCCAUGAUAAUCAUGAAGCAGAGACCGAAGCAGAUUCAGAUGGUAGACUUGGUUCUGGACAGAUUGCUUACAUUUCUUCAAAGAGUUGCUGUAUUCCAGAUGAGAGUUAUGGAUGCCUGUCUUCCAACAUUCCUGCUUUAGAAUUGAUGGCUUUGUAUGUGGCAGCUGCAAUGCACGAUUAUGACCACCCAGGAAGAACAAACGCGUUUCUAGUGGCUACAAAUGCACCUCAGGCAGUUUUAUACAAUGACAGAUCUGUUCUAGAAAAUCAUCAUGCUGCAUCAGCUUGGAAUCUGUAUCUUUCUCGCCCAGAAUACAACUUCCUGCUUAACCUUGAUCAUGUGGAAUUCAAGCGCUUUCGAUUUUUAGUCAUAGAAGCAAUCCUUGCCACAGAUCUCAAAAAACAUUUUGAUUUCCUUGCUGAAUUCAAUGCCAAGGCCAACGAUGUAAAUAGCAAUGGUAUAGAAUGGACCAGUGAAAACGACCGCCUCUUAGUCUGCCAGGUGUGCAUCAAACUAGCAGAUAUAAAUGGACCAGCAAAAGCUCGGGAUCUACAUUUGAGAUGGACAGAAGGCAUUGUGAAUGAGUUUUAUGAGCAGGGAGAUGAAGAAGCAACCCUUGGUCUACCUAUUAGUCCCUUCAUGGAUCGUUCUUCUCCUCAACUAGCAAAACUCCAAGAAUCUUUUAUCACCCACAUUGUGGGCCCUCUGUGCAAUUCCUAUGAUGCUGCUGGCUUGCUGCCUGGUCAGUGGAUACAAGCAGAAGAGGAUGAUGAUACAGAAGAAGAUGAUGAUGAUGAUGAUGAUGAUGAUGAUGAUGAUGAUGAUGGUGGUGGUGGUGGUGGUGGUGGUGGUGAAGAAUUGGAUUCAGAUAAUGAAGAAAUAGAAGACAAUUUAAAUCCAAAACCACAAAGAAGGAAAGGCAGGCGACGGAUAUUUUGUCAACUAAUGCACCACCUUACUGAAAACCACAAGAUAUGGAAGGAAAUCAUAGAAGAAGAAGAAAAAUGUGAAGCUGAGGGGAACAAACUACAGGUGGAGAAUAACUCCUUACCUCAAGCGGAUGAGAUUCAGGUUAUUGAAGAAGCAGAUGAAGAGGAAGAGCAAAUGUUUGAAUAGAAGAAAACUCAUGCUGAAGAAGCCUGGGGUUCUAUGCCCAGGGUCAGCAGUCAUUAUCUAAUGCUCACUGUGCUGAUUCUUAACUGACCAUUCCCAUGUGGACAGGCCUUAAUACUGUGAGAGAAUCCUUGCUACCCUGGCAGUUCUCACUCCUAAGCACUUUGAUCACAAACUAGAGAAUGAAUCUUAGAGUUGGCUGUAGUUGAUCCAUGUUGCAAAGCUCUUCCUCAAAGCCUUCACUGGUGUGUAAAUACUUUGUCAUUAUGCUGCUUUUCUGGGUAGUGAGCUCUUUAUUUUUCGUGGCGAGGGAGGGCUAAAGCUAAAAAUUGAAGAGACUUCAGCUUUUGAAGUGGCCAUAAUGCUUUUAUGAAAACAGGGUUCAUCUUGUAUUUCCAAAUAUAUCUUUUAGGUCUUUGCUUGGGGAAGAGUGGGAAAGCAAACCUCUGCCUAAUCCAAAAAAGAAUUCAUUGUGGCCUUUCUGAGUGAUUUCUGCUCAUGGCAGUACACUGUUCAAUAUGGUUCUCCCAGCUUCAUCCAUGAAGGACCGAGGACCUUUGUUAUACUUAACAAAAUCCAGAUGCAUCAAUUUCUGAUGCUUUUUAUUGUUGUGUAUAAUCUACUUGUGUGUUUUAUUUCUGCCUACAGUAUUCAGGUUUGCUGUGGACAUCAGAAGUCUGAAUUCUAGUCAUACUGAUUUUGUUCCAUGGUUGAAUUUUAAAGGUGUUUAACAAUGAAGGAAUUUUAUUCUGUAGUCAAAACUGUUCUUAUUUUUAUUUUUGCUCAGGAUAAGUAAUUUUAAAUAUUAGUUAUUAUAAACAUGACAUAGAUUUGCUAGAGAAAAAAAAGUUGUACUAAUGUUGAUUUUACCUUUUAUAAAAUGAGCACAUUUUUAAUUAAAGCCAAGAGAAAGGAGAUAGCUAUCUUUGGUUUUAGUACAAAAUCACAUGAAACCAAUCCCAUCAAGAUACUGCCUAAAUAAUUGGUUAUCUAUGCCAGGCAGUGGUGGCACACACCUUUAAUCCUAGCACUUGGGAG